AUGUCUUGCGACGAGAUCCCUAUGGAUGUCUUGUUCUCAGAGGGUAGCUCCUCCUCAACAGCGCCAACAAGUCCGAGUUCCAGUCCUCUGGUGCACCCCUCGGAGAUCGAUGAUCUCAAGUUGUCGCAGUUACCCCAGGUCAGAAAUGUCUUGGAGGAGUACCCUCGGGACUUAUCGGUGAAAGAUGUGUGUUUUAUAGGAGCAGGAUACGUUGGCGGUCCAACCGCCGCAGUACUGGCACUGCAUAAUCCCGCAGUGACGGUAGAAGUACUAGACCGAGACCCUCGUCGAAUCCAGCAAUGGAAAUCGCCGCAUCUACCUGUCCACGAACCAGGUCUAGACGCCCUCGUACGCGCGGUUCGAAAGGACUCGGAGGAUGAAAGCCAGUCCCCCACUCAGCGCCAACAGAAUCUGAUUUUCUCAUGCGACUCUGCUCGAGCGCUCGCAAAAGCGGAUAUCAUCUUCAUGGCAGUCAACACACCAACCAAGAUGUUCGGUGUGGGCGCAGGUUGCGCCACCAACAUGACAGCCUUUGAUGGAGCCAUGCGGGACGUUGCGACUUACGCCAAAGCGGGUGCGAUCAUUGUGGAGAAAAGUACAGUGCCAGGAGGAACGGCAGAUCGAGUGCGAAAAAUGCUGGCUGCUAGCCGACCGGGAGUACCUUUUGAAGUACUCUCCAAUCCAGAAUUCCUCGCAGAGGGUUCAGCAGUCGAGAACCUCACAACACCUGAUCGUGUUUUGAUUGGUUCUGCAGCGACCCCCUCAGGAAGACAAGCAGCUCGCACACUCGCUAGUCUAUACACAGCCUGGGUUCCUUCCGACAGGAUUCUAGAAACCAACACCUGGUCCUCAGAGCUAGCUAAGCUAGUCGCUAAUGCGAUGCUGGCCCAGCGCAUCAGCAGCAUCAAUUCUAUCAGCGCGAUCUGCGAGCGCACUGGAGCUGAGGUAGACCAGGUCGCCAAGGCGAUAGGUCUGGAUGCUCGCAUUGGACCCCAAUUCCUCAAAGCCGGACUAGGCUUCGGGGGAUCGUGUUUUCGAAAGGAUAUCGCCAGUCUGGCAUAUCUCGCCGAAUCACUAGGCUUGGAUGAUGUAGCUGAUUACUGGCGACAAGUGAACAUCAUGAACGAGCGUCAACGCGAUCGAUUUGCUCACAAGGUGAUCUCUCGUUUUGACGGUAAUCUGGUUGGACACAAGCUGGCUAUACUGGGAUUCGCGUUCAAGAAGAACACAGGUGAUACUCGCGAGUCUCUAGCCGCAGAUGUGAUCCGAGUGUUACUAGAAGAGCGACCAUCGGAAAUCGCGAUUUUCGACCCAUUCUGUCGAGCAGACGAUAUCAUGCGCGAGCUGAAAAACGUCUGUCCCGACGUUUCAGAAAGAGAUGUUGUGAAAAUACACACGGACCCAUAUCUGGCUUGUUCACAAGCACACGCGAUUCUCGUGGUGACAGAUUGCGAUCAAUUCCGCAACACACCGGGGAAGAAACCCAUCUGGACCCAUAAUUCUAAUUUCGUGCAAUCUUGUGCUCGUGAUUGCACAGACUGCCGAGCUCAUUCCACUCGGCCCACUACUGAGGCGAUUGAGUGGCCCCGGAUUGCGUACAACAUGGUGGAACCCAAGUGGGUCUUUGAUGGACGAGGUCUGCUCGAUGUUGCAGAACUGGAGAAAUUAGGCGUACGUGUAGACUCGGUGGGAAGACGUUCCACAGUUAGUUUCUAG